CUCUCCAAUGACCAAUAAACUCUAAGCUCGACACCACAUCCUUCCGCACCAAGCGCACGUUAGCCCACUUUCCCCGUUCUAAAUUAAAACCUCCAGUACAGCUGCAAACAAUCUACUUUUGAAGCGCACUUUAGCCGCUCCUCUUCCUCACCAAACCCUCUCCCCCACAGACACGAAUUAGAAAGAGAAAAAAACUCCCAAAUCCGAAGAAAUUAGGGUUUCAACAUAAUUAAAUAAAUUAAAUACACUGAGUUAAACUAGCAACUCGGCCUCUCGCUUUCUGUUUGUGUGUUUCAAUGCCUGUUAAUUGCUUGGCGAAAUCGUGUAUUGGAAACCCUAGACAGUGCCAGAGUGGUCCUUUUUGCGGCCGAUUUUGGCAUAUCUAAUUUGAUUUGAGAGAUGGCGCCCAGUCGCAGGAAAGGUGCCGCCGGAAAAGCAGCUGCCGCCGCCGCCGCUCGCCGUCAAUGGAAGGUGGGCGAUCUCGUCCUUGCCAAAGUCAAAGGCUUUCCUGCUUGGCCUGCCACAGUAAGCGAGCCGGAGAAGUGGGGCUAUCCGAAUCCAGUUGAUUGGAAGAAAAUACUCGUCUAUUUCUUCGGAACCCAGCAAAUAGCCUUCUGCAACCCCGCUGAUGUUGAACCAUUUACUGAAGAGAAGAAACAAACACUGUUGAUGAAACGCCAGGGGAGGGGUGCAGAUUUUGUUCGUGCAGUGCAAGAAAUCAUUGAUAGUUACGAGAAGUUAAAGAAGCAGGAUCGAGUUGAUUUGAGCUCCGACGAUGGCCCUACUCAUGCAAAUUGUGGGAAUUCAUUAGAGUCUUCAAAUCACUUUGAGGUGAAGGAUCAAAGAGAAACUUCAGAAGCAACUAUUACAGGUAGAAAUGAUCUGAGUCUUCAAAUUGAUGAUGCUUCUGCUGAAGCAAAAAUUGGUUCUUUGCAUCACAAAGAUGCAUUAUUGGAGCAACCUCCUGAUAAUGUGGUGAUUAGAGAAAAGCCUAUAAUCACCACCUACACUUCAAGGAAAAGAUCUGGAGGUUUACGAUCUAGGAAACGUAUCAUGCAGGAAAAGGCACCUUCAAUUGAAAGGUCUAGAAGCUCUUCCCGGUUGGAGUCCAGUAGAUUUCAAAACUUCAUGAUGCCACCAGAUGAUGGUAAUAAGAGUUCAGGAGAUAUGUCAAUUGAUUGUAUCCAGGACAGAUCUUUGCGAAGCACUAGGCAAAUCAAGAAAUCACCAGAUGAUUCUGAGUGCGACAAUGCAGAUUCAUCUGCUUUUGUUUCUAAUGUCAGCAUUGAAGAUAAUGGUUCUGAAAUUAUCACAGCUGACUCUGAUUCCCUUAGUUUGAAUGAAGGUAGCACUCUGGAUAGUGGUUCUAGACUCGAGACCUCUGAAACUGCUGUUCACUGUUUGGAGGGAGAUAUUGAGUUGAGCAGAGGGCUUGAUUUCCAAAUAAAGGCUGUUGUUAUAAGAAAGAAAAGGAAACAAAACAGAAAGCGAGCAACUGAUGAAGUGGUUGAGCCAACAGUCAGACUGGAAACAGAGGCAGAUGUGGAUGUAGGAUUGCAUGAUAAUAACCAAAAUUCUGAAUUUGCAUGUAAAAAUUUGAAUAUAACUCAAAGUAAAGAAGAUGGAGAUGAGCACUUGCCACUAGUGAAACGAGCUAGAGUUAGAAUGGGCAAACAAUCAUUGGAGGAGGAACACAAUAAUUUUACUCGAGCUGAAGAACAAAGACCAAAUGAAGUUGCCUUCAAUGCAAUGGAGGAAGACAAUAGCUUUUUUCAACCUGAAGAAAGAACAUCUCUUGAAGCUGGAGUUAAUACAUUGGAGCCGAUUAGCUCUUCCUCAAAUUGUGACAGUGAUAUUCCUGCUCAUAGAGAUUCAUUGGUGGUGAGGGGAAUUUUUAGUAAUGUCUCAACCUCAAAGAAUUGCACUCCAAUUCAAGCAGAUAAGUCCCAGCUUUUGAGAGUUAAGGAAAUCCAAUCCUUUUGCAGUUCUGCUGACAGUGAGUCUGCUUUACCUCCAUCUAAACGUCUACAUCGUGCUUUGGAAGCCAUGUCAGCAAAUGCUACUGAAGGUCAAGCUUUUAUUGAAACAUCAACUGUGAAAACAUUUAUCAUUGGUAGUUCCAUUUCUUCGAUAAGGAGUGCUUCUGAUAUGGUGGCUGUAAGUAAAGAAAACAGUGAUUCAGAAGAGCAGAUUGUAGACUCUCCUGGCAACAUGGUUUCUUCAUUCUCAUCUGGCUCCAAGAAAAUUUUAGAGGAAUCUAAUAAAUCAUCAUUGGAUGACAAAAUUUGCAAUGAACCUGGAAGCAUCAAGGGUCCAGGGCUUUGCGAAGAGGUCUUUCCAGAGUUUGCAGACCAAGGUGCUGACAAAGAUCUCAGUGGAUUAUGUUUUGAAACUGGCAAUACUUGUAUUUCUACUCAAGCUCGAUCUCCAUUGCACUUGAUGCCUAAUCUUGAUAGAAGACAAGCUAGUCUGCUAUCCUGUCAGGGUUCAUUAGGUCAGUUGUUGCCACAAAAAGAUGAAGGCAAUUCUGAUGACACUGAAUUAAAAGACUUCAGGGAUGGAAAUGCUAGUAAAGAACUUCAUACUUCCAAAGAUUCUGGGAUGAGUCCAAAUAUUAUCUCUCAGGCUGAUGAUGCCGCUAAAGUUUCCCCUCAAAGUGUUGCAAAUCUCCUUCGAUUCACUGCAGAGGAAGUUGGUCAUGAGGAUUCUGAGACUGUUAGGCCUCGAAUUGAUUCUGACAGUCAAGCUAAUGGCAUUUGUGAGGUGGCAAAAGAUGUACACUGUGACCAGCGGGAGAAGGAAGCUAGUCAUGUUUCGUUUUCUGAAUAUCAUUUGGAUGACAAGGAUGAAUUGGCUCAGUCAAGUCCGCCUCCAGCUGAUAGAGUAGAAUGUCCUGCACAAAUAUUGACACCUAAUGCCUCAGUCCACGUGUCUACUUCAGAAAGUGUUAAUUUUAUUCAAAACAGUGGCUCUUCUAGUCCUAAUUCCCUUUCACACCCAAAGAAAAUUAUGUGCACUUCAGUUUCUGAUGAAGAUAAAAUUGAGUCAGCAGUGCCUCAAAGACCAAAAUCAGUUGGGAAAUGGAAUAAUUGUGCAGAAGCACACGCUGCUUUGUCAUCCUUUGAAGCAAUACUUGGAUCCUUAACAAGGACAAAGGAGAGCAUUAGUCGAGCAACUCGCAUGGCUAUUGACUGUGCAAAGUUUGGUGUAUCUGCUAAGGUGGUGGAGAUUCUUACUCGUAGUUUGGAAAGUGAGUCAAAUUUACAUAAAAGGGUGGAUUUAUUCUUUCUUGUGGAUUCCAUUGCCCAGUGCUCUCGAGGUUUAAAAGGUGAUGUUGGUGGUAUAUAUCCAUCCGCUAUUCAAACUGUACUGCCACGCCUACUUUCAGCUGCUGCUCCUCCUGGAAGUUUUGCACAAGAAAAUCGGAGACAGUGUUUGAAGGUUUUGAGGCUUUGGCUGGAAAGACGGAUUCUUUCAGAAUCUAUUAUUCGCCAUCACAUUUGGGAACUUGAUGUACUUGGUGGUUCAUCUUCUGCUGGCCUAUAUUCUCGUCGCUCAGCAAGAACAGAAAGAGCUUUAGAUGAUCCUGUUAGAGAUAUGGAGGGUAUGCUUGUGGAUGAAUAUGGAAGCAAUUCAAGUUUCCAGCUUCCGGGAUUUUGUAUGCCUCGCAUGCUUAAGGAUGAAGAUGAUGGAAGUGAUUCUGAUGGAGGGUUUGAGGCUGUAACCCCAGAACAUUAUACUGAAGCUCCUGAAUAUCAGGAGUUUACUCCUGCAGUAGAGAAGCACACACAUAUCUUGGAAGAUGUUGAUGGUGAGCUUGAAAUGGAGGACGUGGCCCCCUCUUGUGAGGCUGAAAUGAGUUCAACAAGUGGCAUUGGUGGAGGUGAUGCUGCAUGUAACUCACACAAUCAGCUUGAACAGUGCUUACCACAGCCCUUCGCCCCUCCUCUUCCACAUGAUGUGCCACCGUCAUCACCACCAUUGCCAUCGUCACCACCACCACUGCCUCCCCCACCUCCUCCUGCUGCACCACCCUGUUCAUCUGCAAUGCCUGAUCCUUAUACUAGUCGUGUUGAUUCAAAUAUUUAUACAAAUUCACAUGAUUUGCAAGAUGACUUGAGACAACCUUUGACUCAGAAUUCUGUUCCAUCAAGAAUCAACCCUUCAUUGUCCAAUGCAGUGCCUUGUCGUACACCUGAAUGUAGAGAUCAGAUGCAGGUGCAGCAUUGCGACUCAACCAGAUCUUUCAGCAAUUAUCCUGUAUGUCAAUCAAAUAAUGUUCAUCGCACUGAUGGUCCUAGCUUCCAUCAUAAAGCAUAUCCUCCAAGGCCGCAACACCCUCCUCCCUCGAAUCAGUUCUCUUAUGUUCAGGCAAACCAACAUGUGAAGUCUCGAAGAGAAAUCCCACCCCCUUCCUACUUCCACAGAUUCCAGCAUUCACAUGAUUUUGAUUGUGGAAACUUCUAUAAUAACCAUGAAAGAAUGAGACCUGGCCCCUAUGAGCUUAAUGAUGGCUGGAGAUUUCCUGCCCCCUUUCCUGGUCCAAGAUAUCCUGACAAAGCCAAAGCAUCCUAUGCACCUGUUCCUUAUGAUGGUCCUCCACAGGAACCACCUAGAUUACCGCAUCAAGAGUGGGAUUUUCAUGCCCAGGGGAUGUAUCACAGAAACUUUAUGCCUUCUAGACCCCCUCCUGAAUGUGCAAUUCCAGUGACAAAUAGAGCACCGAGCAUUUGGCGGCCAAGAUGAGAUUGUUAUCAUAGUGUUGGGAUUGGAAGGAUCCAUUUUUUAUCUGCUUUUUUGCGGCUUGUUCAAAAGAGUGAGUGAGUCUACCUGGUUCUAUAUUGAUUUCUCCCCACGGAUUUCAUCUGGAAGAGGCUUUGCAACAGAUGAUUGGGGUGUUUUCUACUGAAUGGGAUUGUAUAUAUGUAUCCUGUCAACUUUUCAGCAAAUGCAGAGAGUAGAUGACAGCCAUUAAGAAGGGUACGUGGAAGCUGUAACUUAACAUUAGGCUGUCAUGUAUCAAUUUCCAAUUUUUAUUUUAUUGUCGGUAUAAUUUAUUUAUUGAAAGGCCUCAAGAGAAAUUCUGUAAAAAAAUUUACCAGGGUCAUUGGUUAGAACUCGUAACUUCUUAUCUGGUAUACAAGGAAAAUUAGAUCAGACUUAUUGGGGAUUUCUCUCUGUGCGUGUUAUUCAAGAGACAUUUUUCA